UUGUUUUUGCGACGACCAACGACAACAAAUUUUUUUUUUUCGCUCUUCUUUCUCUCUCACCGCUCUUGCAUCUGCUGCAAGAAAAAGCGCUUAAUAAUAGUGGAAUUUCAGUGCGCAUGUGCAUGUGUGUUUAUAAGUGUGUCUGUGUCUUUGUGUUUGUUUUUAAAUUUUUACAAAUAACGGCGCCGUCGCCACCGCGGCCACCCGCACAACGUUAAUUCGGUUCGGUCCAGUGGAGGCAUUAACAGAGCAGCAGCAUCGUUCUAUUCUAUACAUUCGUUUGUUGUCAUUCCAGAAGCGCGAUCGCUUCGGUUUCGUUUCGUCAUUCAAUGCGUCGCAGCUGCGCGAUUCAGAAUUAAAUUAAAAGUCUAAAAAAAAACCACAUACACAAACAAGUUAAAGAAAUACGCGAAAAUCAUAUUGUUUGCUUGUUUGUUUGCCUUUGUCUGCGGCAUGGAAAUGGCAUGAAAGUGAGACACACACAAUUGCACACGCGAACGGGUGAUGCGGCGUCAUGAGACGGAAGCUGCGCUAUCCAGUAGCUGGAUGCUACAGAGAAAUUAAUAUCUAGAAUCUCGUAACUAGAUUGUUUUGUUGACACACCCGACGGGUACUGUGGGUGCGCUUCUGACGCUGACUCUGACGCAGUCACAAUUGGGUAUUGGCAGGGAAAAUGGUCAAGUCGCUCGUGUCCAAACUAUCCACAGCAUCGUCGAAUUUAUCGUUGGCCAGCACGUUCAGCUCUGUUGUAGGUGGAGGCAGCGGCGGUAGCGGAUCAUCUGGUGUACAGGAGACGAACUACGCAAAACAUCGCAAUGAUCCCGGCCGUUUCUUUGGCGAUGGCGUGCAGUUCAAGGCUAAGCUCAUUGGCAUCUUGGAGGUGGGGGAAGCGCGUGGCGAUCGCAUGUGCCAGGAGGCGUUGCAGGACUUGAAGAUGGCAAUACGCGCGGCCGGAGAGCACAAGCAACGCAUCACCAUACACGUGACCAUUGAUGGGUUACGAUUGCGGGACGAGAAGACAGGGGACUCACUGUACCAUCAUCCUGUGCAUAAGAUCUCGUUCAUUGCCCAGGACAUGACGGAUUCGCGUGCCUUUGGCUAUAUCUUUGGAUCGCCCGAUAGCGGGCAUCGCUUCUUUGGUAUUAAAACAGACAAGGCUGCCAGCCAGGUGGUACUGGCCAUGCGCGAUCUCUUCCAGGUUGUGUUUGAGCUGAAAAAGAAGGAAAUUGAGAUGGCACGCCAACAAAUCCAGGGAAAAACACUGCACGAUCAUGCAAGUCAGCUGGCCUCAUUGUCAUCGUUAAAGUCGGCCGGCGGACACAGUGAGCUCGGAACGGGCACAAGCAGCGCACAUACGCUCACCAUGCUGGGUAGUUUGGGUGCGAGCGCCAAUGGUGUCAGCAGUGAAACGCGUCUGGGUGUCAACUUGGACGUGGCCAAGACAAGCGGAGCAGCUGCCAAAGAGCUGUCGCCCGAAUCUGUCGCCGAUCUGGUUGAUCUGGAACAGGAGCUUACUUCGUUGCAGCGUGGCAUCACACAAAUGGAGCGCAUCACACCCAAUGAGUCGGCCGCUGGGCAGUCUGCUGCUGCUUUGGGCAAAUCAGCUAGCGAGGAUGAUCCCUUUGGCGACUCCUUUAUCUAUGUACCGUCAUACAAUAUCUUGCCACCGCCACCGGAUUCGGGACGCACGCGUCACAAGCCUGCAAAUAAAGCAGAAAGUGGCUCCGCACUCGAAGCCAUGUCGACAUUGUUAUCGCCUGCGCCCGGGGCCAGCGGUUCGCCGGCCACCCUCCAGGCAGACGAUGAUGAUAGUUGGCUGCACGAAUUGGAGCAACAGAGUGAUGUUUUCGAUACCACCAAGGCCACUGCCAUGGGUGUUAUGGGCUUGGCCGCAUUAAGUGGCACCGGUGGAACUGGCGGUCUGCCUAUGGCACCCCUGGCCGCCAGCGAGUCAACAUCGACGCCCACGCAGCAAUUAAGUGAGGCCUCCGCCCUCGCCGAUGUUGAGCUAAGCAGUUUGGGGCUAUCUGGCACGGAAUUUGCAGCGGCUGGGAGCGAUUCAGCGCAAGCGGCAACCAUGUCGGAACCAGUGGGUGCGUCGGCCAAGCAAACAUCAACGACAUGCAGCGUCCUAGAUGAUCCCGUGCUGCUGCCCCGCGACACAGAUCCGUUCUCACCGACGCGCAAAAAGAGCGAUCCUGAUCCCUUCCAAGACGGUGAUUUGUUCUCCAAACUGGAUGCCUUUGAGUUUGAUACGGCCGCCACGUCGGCCGUCGCAGAGUCUGGAGUUGCAACUGGUGGCAACAAUAGCUUCAAUGGACCGCUUCAAGUUCAGUUGCCGCCCGAAAGUGGGAGUGGCAUAUCACCAACGCCACCACCACCAGCACCAGCAACAACGGCCACCUGGAAGGCUGACAUCUCUCGACUAGAGCGACAGAUGACGGAGGCAGUUACCAGCUCCGUACGCACGCGACCCACGGCGGGAGGUGGAGGCACAGGACUGGCUGCGCUGCCGCCCGGGGCAGCUUUGAAGCAACAGACGGUUGAUGUCAUUUCGAGCAUUAGUAACAAGAAGAUGCCCCAUCUGUUCGGACAGGCACGUUUCUCAAAGCGUGACAACAACUCUAGCGUUAACAUGCGUCGUCUGCAGGAGAGCGAUUCGCUGAGCGAGAAUGAGACGGCACCGGAACCGCCGCCACGACCAGAUUCGGCGCCCUACUCCGAACCGCCGCCGCUGCCGCCCAAAAAACAAUUUAGCGACAUUGUUAUAAGGCCGCACACGACCCCAGCUGCGAUGCCAUCAUCAUCAGCUCCUGGUGGCCGCUAUGAAUACUUGAACAACACUACGUCGAGUCUGCGUCGUAGCGCAGCAGCGGCUGCGGCGGCCACAGAUGUGCCGCCCAUACCAUUGCCCUCGAGGCGUGUGGGCCGUUCCGAUGGUUACUUUCCUGGACCCGGCCGGCCACGGAAGCCUGGCCACACAGAGGACGACUAUUUGGCGCCCGUCGGCCAUACAGCGAGCGGUGCUGGAGCGGGAAGCGCGGAUGUGCCACCUUUGUUGCCACCGCCCAUACAAAGCUCGACACGCGCGCGACCCCAACGUCAACAGUCGUUGGGCAAACCGCAAGAUAUAUACGAGAACAAGGCCGAGAUAAUGCAGGCACAGCAGGCACGGGAGAAGGCCGAGGCUGCCGCUUUGGCACCGGAUAUUACACUGACCCAGCUGCUAACACUAGGGAUUGACGAACUGGCCGUUAAACUGAAUGUGCCCACAACCAAGCUGAGCACAAUGACACUAGUCGAGCUUACUGCUUACCUCUCCGAAUACCUAUCCACCGAGCAAGCGCGUCCGUUACCCAGACAGGUGCCGAGUGCUAGUCCCAUACCCGCGGCCGCAUCUUCUACAACUGCACCCACUUCAGCCGUUUUCAAGGUGAACUUUGAUCAGCAGACCGCUUUUGUGGCCAAGUUUGACGAUACCUUUGGCGAAGAUAUGGGGGCGGGCGCGCAGGAUGCUUUUGUGGCAAAUUUCGCCAACUUUAAUGAAACGCCCGUUGCAGCAACCACAGCACCCGGUAUGGAGAAUCGCGGCCAAGUGCCAGCCGUUCCCCCCGCAGACCGCUAUGCCGUAUUCAGAGAGAUCAUCGACCAGGAGUUGCAACAACAACACCAGGAUACCGACUUAAUGGGUGAUUUGACCCCUCCACCAGUGGCUGACACCGAAGAGCUUGGAAAUGUACCACAAGAGAAAUUGGACGUAGAUGGGUUUAUAAGCCCGCCAGAGCAGCAAGUUGAACAGCCACCGCUGCCUAAGAUUGACACCAAAAUCACGGAGGUAGUGGCACAAGCCAAGGAUCGCUAUGCUGCCUUACGCGACAUCAUUCUCGUUGAGAAUUUGUUUGACAAGCAGCAGUCUGGCAGCGCUGGUGGAGCGUCACGAGAAAAGGAUCUCAUGCAGGACUUUCCGGAGUUUAGUGAUGAGUUUAACGAGGAUCAGGACCUCAGGCAGAUCAUGGAUAAUAGGGCAAGCAGUACUGGUCCUGAUAGGCGAGGCUUGGUAGAUAGUCGAGGCUUCCCAGCAGAGCCCUCCUCAUCGGCGCUAACAGUGGAUGAUGAUGAUGACGAGGAUGCGGGCGGUGAGAGUAGUCUGGAUAGCAAUGACAAGGACGCUGAAGUAACCAGCGCUCAAGAUCAAUAUGAAAAGUUGUCGGCCUCCACACAGCAACUGGACGGUGAGAAGGUUGACUCGAAACCCGACGCUGACGAUAUUAGCGAUGUUACAAAGCUGACCAAGCAGGAUCACAAAUUCCUGACGGUUACCUCUGCCAGCGGCAUAAUCGGCCCCAGGGACGAUAUUGAAAUUGAUGAUUUAAUGCAACGAGCCAUUUCAAAUUUGUCAUUAGACUCUCGCGAUCGCACCUCCCCGGCUAACUCUACAGGUGCCGCUUCGGCCCCCUCCCGAGGACCACAUACCCUGCACACUCCUUCGCAGUUCAACGAUGUUAGCACCUCGCCCAUACCCCUCCAUAAGUCCCCUCAGCCACAUGGCGCUCAAGUGUCGCCCGUACCCUCGCAUCUAUCGGCUGUUUCACAGCUAAUUGACACCGCCACCAAGCAGAUGGGAGAUCGCGACAGCGAUGCUUCCAAAGCAGCCAAAGAUUCGUGGGCAACCUUCGAUUCCCCCAAGGCAGCGGCCUACGAACUGGCAUCAGAGAAGCGUGCACGUCAGACUCUUAAGCCGAGUGUACGUUCCAAUACGCUGAAUCUGCCGCCUCCACCGCCUUCGAACACAUCUCAACAGGACACAGCAGAGUCGCCCUGCUCAUCGGAUCCACGUGAUGAGGGCUGGUCGAAGCAGCCGGGUAGCAUGGGUGGUCGCCGCUGGCCAAAGAAGGAGCGCCAACAGACAUCAUCCUCAUCCCGUGACCUUAGCCCAUGGGAUGAUGAGACGCCUGAAUAUCUAAAGCAGCAGCGACGCCUGCCGCCCGGAAUGCAGGCCCAGGUCACGCAUCCCGAACGGCUUGGCUUUUAUACGCGCCAUGCACGACGCAUGAACUCUUGCGACGAAGACUACGACUAUGAUGAAGAGUAUGCCACUAGGCGAGACCAGCAACGCAAGUUGAAGCACGUGCUGUCCCGCAGCAGAGAUAACUUUGAACUGGAUUCGCCCAGCUGGUACCAUCAUCCGGCCCAUCACACUUGGUCGCCGCAGGAAAUAGAGCAGGGGGUUCGGGCACGCUCCUUUGAGCGCAGUGCUUACGAGCGCUCUACCUACGGCCCGCCCAUCUAUGAUAAGCGUGGCAAUCCAGUUCCCGGACCAGCUGCUGGUGGCGCUGGCUAUGAUCGCCGUGCCUAUGGCUACCGUCUCCAUCGUGAUUACCAACGGCCCAACUACGAUUUUGAUGAUUAUGGCGGAGAAUAUCGUGGCGAGAAACUAAAUCGUCGCACCGACUACGAGAAUGUCUACGACGGGCGGCGCUCACCCAUGGACUACAAGGGACGUGGUGAUUAUAUGUACGAACGCGAACGCAAAUCGUUCGAUCGCGAAAGUGUUGAAUCCUUUGAGAGCGCCACACGACGACGUCGCAGCUUUGGCAGUGGUGGCGAUGUAUACGGCAGUCUGGAUAGCCGAGAGGAUUAUCGGGAUCGUUAUUUAGGCGGUAGUACUGCGGAGCUUAAAACACGCUCGCUGCGAAAACCAUCAAAGCUGCGCGCCACCGGCGACAUCGACUUUGAACACGACUCGGAGAACGAUUUUCAUCACCCACAGCAACCGCCGCCGUUGCAGCAACCGCGUGGUGGUCGGUCCUUAGACACACGGAGUCUACAACGACCGAGUCAGCUCGGCAGCGAAGUAGCCGGAGGUGCUGGCGCACAGCCUCGCCUGCGUAAGAGCAGCGGAUCCAGUCCCUGGGAUGGCGAGGAGCCCUCGUUGCCUGGCCAGAAAUCCUGGAAACGUCCCUCGAGCGCGGCCGAGACAGAACGUCGCUUGGCAGAAAGUAGACGCGCUGCAGCCUUGGCUCAAACGCCUUCCGAUGGCGAGAAGGAUCGCAGAUUCCGCAAGAAGACGCGAGCUCGCAGCGCCAAGGAUUUGGCAAAUGUUGGCAAUAUUCCUUGCGGCCACCGAGGUCGCGGCGUGAGGGACAAUUAUGUUGCUUGUCAGAACGAUGAGGACAAUGACGAUGAGGACUAUGUAGACGACGAGGAGUACGAAGAAGAGCCACCGACGGAUGAGGACAAAUUUGAGCGCCUAAACCGGCGACGCCAUGAAAUGCAUCAGCGCAUGCUCGAAAGCGAACGUCGCCAGAUGCACGCCCAGGGUCUGGGCAAGAUUCCGCCGCCCCCACUAAGUGCACUGAAGAGUUCCUUGGGCAUGGAUGUCAAGCGUUAUGCGGGCAGCACACGCAGCGGUGUCACUGACUAUGGCUUCGUGGACAGCUACGAGCAGACGCCCACACCGCGCUCGAAUGCCAGCAGCUCGGCGGUGAUGACCGGCGAUGGAAACGGCAGCAGCGGCAAAUUUAACUUCGACGAUGGCUUCGAGUCGGACUUUAAUCAGAGCUCGCCGCCACCAGCCCCAGCUGGCACGGCCUCGAGCUGCACAUCGACGCCCGCUGGCCCGGUGUCCGGCAGCAGCGUCGCCGGCGGCAGCACUUCCAAGUCGCUCUUCCGAUUCUCCAAUGAUUUCUCAGAGCGUGAAAAGCUCCAACAGCAGCAACAACAGCAGCAACCGCCGAGCUUUGACAUGGAAACGCCACAGACGUCGACGCCUCCCAUAACCCAAAAACUACGCUUCGACGACAAUGUAAAGGUCUCGCAGUUCGACGACGCAGCUUUCGAAGAUGACUUUGCCAAGGCAUCGUUCGAAUUUGAAAAGGAGGAGGCGACGCAGCAAUGGACACAAGCGUCUAACAACGGCGCCGCGGCGCCGGCCAGCGCUGCCAUGAGCAGGAAGCAGAAUAUACGGAACAGCAAGCUCCAGCAACGUCAGGAAUUGAUUAAGAAAUCCGAAUCGGUUAAUAUAUUUGCCAAAAAGAAUGAGGAUCCGUUCGAGGACGAUGAGUUCUUUAAAUCGCCUACCGCCGAAGAGGAGGCUGGUGCUGGGGACAAGGGUGCUGGUAAUGGUGGCAGCGAUGGCAAUUCCAAUAAAUUCCAGUGGGCCGAGGACAACAACUUUGCCAAAUUUGAUGAAAACAUGUGAUUUGACCAACUCUUUGCCAAGAACGCUCGCAACACGGCAGCAGCCAACAAGCCAUCAAUGGACCGGGAAAGUGAUGGCAACUAUGCCGAAAUAGAUGUGGUUAACGACUGCGAUUUCUUCUAUCUGGCCAACCUAAACCACUACUAUCAGGAGCAACGUCUGCAGCAGCACAAGGACAUCAGACAGCACGAUUACUGCAAUGUGCCGCUAAAGCAAACAAAAUCGACUUCCACUAGCCCCUGGCAUGUCGCCGGCGUGGCCAACAAAUUGACGCCCAAAGCGCAGGUUAGGCAGAAGCUGCAGUUGCUGCGCAAGCCAAAGAAAUGGAAACUAAAACGCACCUUCGAUGAUUUUGUCAAGUGUCUGCUUAUAGCCUCUUCCGAACAUGUCUACGAUUAUGAUGUCUUGUGGUAAGGCAUUAAUGGAGUUCCAGCUAUCGACUUGGACCCAUCUAAACCUUCUGCAGCUCGACUCAGUAUAGUCGAUGAAUUGGCAAUUAUUUGUAGCAACGCAUAUUUUAUUUUUAAUUAAUUGAAAUCUCAUACAAUCUACAAUCUAAGUUCAGUUCUAAAACGUCUCGUAAAACGUUUUAAUUAUGCUUUUGUGCUGACCAACAUUCCUCAAGUCUCUAUCAAUCAGCCGAGUUCGCGCUCAGCACUAUAUACACUGUGAUUCUUAGUUAGAUAUUUUUAUCCACGGAAUCCUUUUGAGUGUCGACAAAUGCCUUGCCACAAGCAUCAGAGCAUCGAGGCAGAAAUGUAACGAACAAUUACUUUGUAAGUAAGCAAACAGUACUAGUUAAUAAUUUUACAUAGUUUUCUCAUCAAUUGUAUAUAGUGGGCUGCAUAGAAAGCCCCAACUAGUUAUUUAAUUAACAAUCCACUAAGUUUAGUGUUUAAUGUACACACACACAGAUACGAUGUGUGGGUAUAGUAUCGGGGAAUUGUCCAAUAGAGUUUAUUACUUUAACCCUUUUAGUACUAAUACUGUGUGGCGUUUGUUAUCGAUACUCAGCAUGUACUCAUAGCUAACCAAAAUACUCAUCUUCAUUAAUUGGGGUUCCCCUUCGAGAAACUAACGAAAGCAACUAACCAAGGCCUAUGCUAAAUGUCGUAACGAUAUGUAUAUCCAAAGUGCAUAUAAUAUUUGCAUACAUACUACAAUACAUAACUAUUAAAUACACACACACACACAUACAUACAUACAUACACACUCAUAGCUGAACGCCUGGCUUUCAGGAGAGGAAUACGUUAAAACUACAAUAGCUACAAGAACAAAAUGACUAGUUUAAUUCAACUUCAGUGCGCAUAAUUAUUUAAAAGAAAAAAUAAGUGUAUUAUUUGCCUACAUAUAUAGAUCAGCUAAAUAAACGAAUAACUGAAUGAUCAAAUACAGAUCAAAAAUCGCUUUAUUAUUAACA